AGCCCCUUUCUGUUCACUGCAGUCCAACCUGCUCCCUGCCCGCCGCCAUUAUGAACAUCCGCAAUGCUCGGCCGGACGACCUGAUGAACAUGCAACACUGCAACCUCCUCUGCCUUCCCGAGAACUACCAGAUGAAAUACUAUUUCUAUCAUGGCCUUUCCUGGCCUCAGCUCUCCUACAUCGCUGAGGAUGAGGACGGGAAGAUUGUGGGUUAUGUCCUGGCCAAAAUGGAAGAGGACCCUGAUGAUGUCCCCCAUGGGCAUAUCACCUCACUGGCUGUGAAGCGCUCACACCGGCGUCUCGGCCUGGCCCAGAAGCUGAUGGACCAGGCCUCGCGGGCCAUGAUAGAGAAUUUUAGUGCCAAGUAUGUGUCACUGCACGUCAGGAAGAGUAACCGGGCGGCCUUGCACCUCUAUUCUAACACUCUCAACUUUCAGGUCAGUGAGGUGGAACCCAAAUACUAUGCAGAUGGGGAAGAUGCCUAUGCUAUGAAGCGGGAUCUCUCCCAGAUGGCAGAUGAGCUCAGAAGGCAGCUGGAGCUGAAGGAGAAGGGCGGGUAUGUGGUGCUGGGCUCCAGGGAGAACCAGGACACCCAGGGCAGCACACUUCCUGGUUCCAAAAAGACCUGUCAGCAGGAGAACCCGACUGCCCCUGAUAGUGGCAGUGACAGCAAGGAACCGAGUGAAUCCACGGGGAGCACCGAUGUCCAGGACAGCUCAGAAGACUUGGAUUCCACCUCCUAG